CUAUAAAAGAAAAAAACAAGAAUAUUUGAACUAGUGCGCCAUUGCUGCCCAUCACACAAUCGACCAAUGAUGUGUGCUGCACGUGAAUCAUCGACUAUUGGCUGACGUUGCUAUCGCGGGGCAAGCAGAUAGAGCACACUGUGUGGCCCUGAUAGCGAUCAUUCCCACUUACAUCACACAUCUUCGAAGACGGUCUGACGCGCGACUGACACUCGAGAUCACACAACCUAUUCUUAUUCACGUGUCGCACGUUAAAUUACAGUACUCGCUCUACAUGCAGUGUCGCUCGUCUUAUCCGUAACGCUAUGAAAAUCUGGACAUCAGAGCAUAUCUUCGAUCAUCCUUGGGAGACAGUAGCUCAGGCUGCAUGGAGAAAGUAUCCGAAUCCUAUGGUGCCUUCAGUUAUUGGAGCGGAUGUCAUCGAUAGAAAAGUAGUUGACGGUGUGCUCCAUACCCAUAGACUCGUUGUUUCUACCCAAUGGGGUUUUCCGAAAUGGACGCAAGCGUUAAUCGGCUACGCGAACUUGUGUUAUGCCAGCGAACGCAGCGAGGUCGAUCCCGUGAAUAGACAAAUGAUCCUCAGGACACAUAAUUUAACCUUCGGCAAUUAUAUCGCUGUAGACGAAGCUGUCAGAUAUACACCUCAUCCAGAGGACCCUUCCAAGACAUUACUCACGCAAGAAGCGGUGGUCACUGUCCGGGGGGUACCGCUGACUAAUUACAUGGAAGACCUCUUAGCUUCAAAAAUUUCCUUCAAUGCAAGUAAAGGCCGACAAGGGUUGGAAUGGGUGAUCAACAAGCUCGAAUCCGAGAUGAAGGAGUUUGCCUGAAAGGCCCAGCCGCCGUCGCGAAACUUCUGAACUGCCGCUAUCAGCACAACACGAGCGCCGGCGUCGAUAGGGAGCGGCAACUUCUAGAUCGAACGAUUACGCGGAUCAGAAGAACAUUAACGUCCCGGGCUUCGUCAGAAACGAGCAGAUGAUUCGCCGCGGGCCACGUAGAUCGCCUAAUUGAAUUUUGCGAAACUUGUUACUAACCGGUUCGUAGGAAACGAACGUUCCCUUUGAAGGGCGAUCGCCUCUGUAACCAUACACUUGGGUCCAGGCCUGCAAGGAUCGGUUGAACGGGCGAGAUAACACGACUGAUAUAGAAAUACGAAAA